UCGGCCACCUGCGCCGCCGCCGCCGCCGCCCGCGGCCCGGCCCAGCUCCAGGAAUCUUACCGACUCCCAGCGCCCUGCAGAUGCCGGGGAAGUGAUCCAGGGAGGACCAGGCAGCCCCCACGGGACAGAGAAAUGGAGGCAAACGACCAUUUUAACUUUACUGGCCUUCCCCCUGCACCUGCUGCCUCAGGACUGAAACCCUCUCCCUCCUCAGGGGAGGGCCUCUACACUAACGGGUCUCCCAUGAACUUCCCCCAGCAAGGGAAAAGUUUGAAUGGGGAUGUGAAUGUUAAUGGCUUAUCUACUGUAUCUCACACUACUACUUCAGGGAUUUUGAACUCUGCUCCCCACUCCUCUGGCACCUCACACCUUCAUCACCCCAACGUGGCCUACGACUGUCUCUGGAACUACUCACAGUAUCCAUCUGCCAAUUCUGGCAGCAACCUCAAGGACCCACCCCUUCUCUCCCAGUUCUCGGGUGGACAAUAUCCACUCAACGGCAUCCUUGGGGGCAGUCGGCAACCUUCAUCCCCAAGUCACAACACUAACCUUCGGGCUGGGAGCCAAGAGUUCUGGGCGAACGGUACCCAGAGUCCCAUGGGGCUUAACUUCGACUCACAGGAACUAUAUGAUUCCUUUCCUGAUCAGAAUUUUGAGGAGGUAGGCAGUGGAAUCCAUCCUGAUGAGGCGGCAGAAAAGGAGCUGACUUCGGUUGUGGCAGAGAAUGGCACUGGCUUGGUAGGCAGCCUAGAGCUGGAGGAAGAACAACCAGAACUGAAGAUGUGUGGCUACAAUGGCUCUGUCCCUUCUGUGGAAUCAUUACACCAAGAGGUCUCAGUCUUGGUCCCUGAUCCCACAGUGAGCUGCUUAGAUGACCCUUCACAUCUUCCUGAUCAACUGGAAGACACUCCAAUUCUCAGUGAAGUUUCUCUGGAGCCCUUCAACACUCUUGCUCCAGAGCCUGUGAGUGGAGGACUCUAUGGUAUAGACGACACAGAGCUGAUAGGCGCAGAGGACAAGCUGCCUCUUGAAGACAGUUCAGAGAUCUCUGCUCUUGAUUGCCCUUCCCUCAAUAAUGCUACUGCCUUCAGUCUCCUGGCAGAUGAUAGUCAGACAUCAGCCUCUAUCUUUGCCAGUCCCACCUCUCCACCUGUUCUUGGAGAGUCUGUCCUGCAAGAUAACAGCUUUGAUCUAAAUAAUGGUAGUGAUACUGAACAGGAAAUGGAGACUCAGACUUCAGACUUCCCACCACCCCUGACCCAGCCAGCCUCUGACCAGUCAUCCACUAUUCGACUCCAUCCAGCAACCUCACCAGCAGUCUCGCCAGCAGCCUCCCCACCAGUCUCCUUAGCAGUUUCUCCAGCAGCCUCCCAGGAAAUAUCUCCAGAAGUUUCCCCAGCAGCCUCCCCAGAAAUAUCCCCAGUCCUCUCCCCAGCAGCUUUCCCACCAGUCUCUCCAGCUUCCUCAGCAGUGCUCCCACCAGUCUCCUCAGAGGUCUCCUUGACAGCCUCCCCGGAGACCUCCCCCAAAGCAUCCCCUGCACAUUCCCCAGCAGCUGUCUUCUCAACAGUCUCUCCAGCAAAUAAGGAUGUCAGCAGCUACCCUGAGACCACUGCUGAUCUGGAAGAGAUCACUGGAGGAGCCACUCCUGCAAGUGGCGAUGGCCUGAGAAGACGCAUUGCUACUCCAGAAGAAGUUCGUCUUCCUCUACAACAUGGGUGGCGGAGAGAGGUGCGCAUCAAGAAAGGCAGCCACCGCUGGCAGGGGGAAACCUGGUAUUAUGGUCCUUGUGGGAAAAGGAUGAAACAGUUCCCGGAAGUGAUCAAGUACUUGAGCCGCAACGUGGUACACAAUGUCCGCCGUGAGCAUUUCAGUUUUAGUCCCCGUAUGCCUGUUGGAGACUUCUUUGAAGAGAGAGACACCCCAGAGGGCUUGCAGUGGGUACAGCUCACAGCAGAGGAAAUCCCGUCCAGGAUUCAGGCAAUUACUGGAAAACGGGGCCGACCUCGAAACACUGAGAAGGCCAAGACCACGGAAGUCCCCAAGGUGAAACGGGGGCGAGGUCGGCCACCCAAGGUCAAAGUCACUGAUAUGUUGACUAAGACAGAUAACCGUUUCCUAAAGAAACUGGAGGCCCAAGACACACUGAGUGAGGAGGACAAAUCAAAGAUAAGUAAAAUCAAAAAGAAGAUAAAGCAGAAGGUACAACGGGGAGAAUGUCAGACUACUAUUCAAGGGCAGGCCAGAAACAAACGCAAACAAGAGAACAAGAACUUAAAGCAGAAAGAAGCUAAGAAGAAGUCCAAGGCUGAGAAGGAGAAGGUGAAAACAAAACAAGAAAAACUGAAGGAAAAAAUUAAGAAGGAGAAGAAAGAGAAGGUCAAAAUGAAGGAAAAGGAGGAGACACCCAAAGCCAAGGCUGUCUGUAAAGCAGAUAAAACCCUGGCCACCCAGAGACGCUUGGAGGAGCGGCAGAGGCAGCAGAUGAUCCUGGAGGAGAUGAAGAAACCCACAGAGGACAUGUGUCUCACCGACCACCAGCCCCUGCCGGAGUUCUCACACAUCCCUGGUCUGAUCCUGCCCAGUGGGACCUUCUCAGACUGUUUGACCAUUAUAGAGUUCCUGCACAGCUUCGGCAAGGUGCUGGGCUUUGACCCGGCUAAAGAUGUGCCCAGCCUAGGGGUCCUACAGGAGGGACUCCUGUGUCAAGGUGACAGCUUGGGAGAGGUGCAAGACCUGCUCGUGCGGCUUCUGAAGGCUGCCCUCUAUGACCCUGGCUUGCCCUCCUACUGUCAGUCCUUAAAGAUCUUGGGGGAGAAGAUCUCGGAGAUACCACUGACGAGAGACAACGUGUCUGAGAUCCUGCGCUGCUUCCUCAUGGCGUACGGAGCGGAGCCGGCCCUCUGUGACAGCCUGCGCACUCAACCUUUCCAGGCCCAGCCACCGGAACAGAAGGCCGCAGUGCUGGCCUUCCUUGUACAUGAGCUUAAUGGCUCCAGCCUCAUCAUCAAUGAGAUUGACAAGACUCUGGAGAGUAUGUCCAGCUACAGGAAAAACAAGUGGAUUGUUGAAGGCCGGCUCCGGAGACUAAAAACUGCUCUGGCGAAGAGAACUGGGCGGCCUGAGAUAGAGAUGCAAGGGCCAGAGGAAGGCCUGGGACGGAGGCGCAGCUCGCGGAUCAUGGAGGAGACCAGUGGCAUGGAAGAGGAGGAAGAGGAGGAGGCCACGACCGCUGUCCAUAGCCGUAGGGGUCGAAGAGAUGGAGAGAUUGAUGCCACCACAUCUAGCAUCCCAGAGCUAGAGCGCCAAAUAGAAAAACUCAGCAAGCGUCAGCUCUUCUUUCGAAAAAAGCUGCUUCAUUCAUCCCAAAUGCUUCGUGCAGUCUCCUUGGGUCAGGACCGCUACAGACGUCGCUACUGGGUGUUGCCUUGUUUGGCUGGUAUUUUUGUGGAAGGAACAGAGGGAAGUUUAGUUCCCGAGAAUGUGAUAAAGCAGGAUCCUGACUCCUUAAAAGUGGCAGCCCAUCCAGCACCUCACACAGCCCCCUUCUUGAAGAAGAAGGAAUUAGCUGGUUCCAGCACUUCUGCCACUUCUCCUGCCCGGGCACGAGGCCGACCUCGGAAAACUAAACCUGGGUCUCUGCAACCUAAGCACCUUAAAUCUCCUGCUAAGGAUCAGGGCUCAGAGCAACCCCAGCCCCAACCCCAGCCAGAGACUCAGCCACACCCUCUGCUUCAGGCUUAUUCCCAGCCUCAGCCUCAGCCUCAGCCUCAGCCUCAGCCCCAGCCCCAGCCCCAGCCCCAGCUCCAGACCCAGACCCAGACCCAGACCCAGCUCCAGCUCCAGUCCCAGACCCAGACCCAGCCCCAGCCCCAGCCCCAGCCCCAGCCUCAGCCCCUAGGGUUCUUGGAACUAGAAGGUUCCCCUUUGUCUCUGGGUCAGAGCCAGCAUGACCUUAGCCAGUCAGCCUUCUUGUCUUGGCUGAGCCAGACUCAGAACCACGGCUCCCUGUUGAGCAGCUCAGUCCUCACACCUGAUAGCAGCCCCGGAAAACUGGACCCAGUCCCAUCACAGCCACUGGAGGAGCCAGAGCCUGAUGAGACAGAGUCCAGCCCUGAUGCUCAAGCGUCCUGGUUCAGCUUCUCAGCCCAUAUGCCCUGCAAUGCUGCUCCCACACCGCCUCCUGCAGUUUCAGAGGACCAGACCACUCCCUCCCCUCAACUGCCAGCCUCUUCCAAGCCACUCUCUUCUACUCCCUUGUCUGGGGUGGCCACAAAGAGGCGAGCCGGAGAGCCUGGAGAAACACUGCAGAAUUCCACAGGAAUGGGACAGCCAAAACGGAGGGGGAGACCCCCCAGCAAGUUCUUCAAACAGAUGGAGCAGCGUUACCUAACCCAGCUGACUGCCCAGCCUGUCCCGCCUGAGAUGCGCUCAGGCUGGUGGUGGAUCCGAGAUCCUGAGACGUUGGAGGCCAUGCUCAAGGCCCUGCACCCCCGAGGCAUUCGGGAGAAGGCACUUCACAAACACCUAAACAAGCACAGGGACUUCUUACAGGAAGUCUGCCUACGCCCCUCCACUGACCCCAUCUUUGAGCCCAGUCAACUUCGUGUCUUUCAAGAAGGGAUUAUGAACUGGUCCCCCAAAGAGAAGACAUACGAGACAGACCUGGCUGUGCUGCAGUGGGUUGAGGAGCUGGAACAGCGGGUUAUCCAAUCUGAUCUACAGAUUCGGGGUUGGACAUGCCCUAGCCCAGACUCUACUCGUGAAGAUCUGUCCUACUGUGAGCAUCUCUCCGACUCUCAAGAGGAUCUCACCUGGCGAGGUCGAGGCCGAGAAGGUCUGGCACCCCAGCGUAAAGCCACAAACCCUCUAGACUUGGCUGUGACGAGGCUGGCUGCUCUCGAGCAGAACGUGGAGCGGCGGUAUCUGCGGGAGCCCCUCUGGCCUGCACAUGAGGUGGUGUUGGAGAAGGCCCUGCUCAGCACGCCCAACAGUGCCCCCCAGUGCACCACUGCAGAAAUAUCAUAUGAGAUUACCCCUCGGAUUCGAGCCUGGCGCCAGACGCUGGAGCGGUGCAGGAGUGCAGCCCAGGUGUGCCUGUGCCUGAGCCAGCUGGAGAGGUCCAUUGCCUGGGAGAAGUCUGUCAACAAAGUGACCUGUCUAGUCUGCCGGAAGGGUGACAAUGACGAGUUUCUUCUGCUUUGUGAUGGAUGUGACCGUGGCUGCCAUAUUUACUGCCAUCGACCCAAGAUGGAGGUGGUCCCAGAAGGAGAUUGGUUCUGUGCUGUCUGUUUGGCCCAGCAUGUAGAGGGAGAAUUCAUCCAGAAACCUGGUUUCCCAAAGCGAGGCCAGAAGCGGAAAAGCAGUUACAUGCUGAGCUUCCCAGAGGGUGAUGGCCGCCGACGCCGAGUACUGUCAAGGGGCCGAGAAAGCCCAGCAGUGCCUCGGUACUCAGAGGACGGGCUCUCCCCCUCCAAGCGGCGGCGACUUUCUAUGCGAAACCACCAGAGUGAUCUCACAUUCUGCGAGAUUAUCUUGAUGGAGAUGGAGUCCCAUGAUGCAGCCUGGCCUUUCCUGGAGCCUGUUAACCCACGGUUGGUGAGCGGCUACCGGCGGAUCAUCAAGAACCCCAUGGACUUUUCCACCAUGCGAGAGAGGCUGCUCCGGGGAGGGUACACGAGUUCAGAGGAGUUCGCAGCAGAUGCGCUCUUGGUCUUUGACAACUGCCAGACCUUCAAUGAAGAUGAUUCCGAAGUGGGCAAGGCCGGGCACAUCAUGCGCCGCUUCUUUGAGAGCCGCUGGGAGGAAUUUUAUCAGGGAAAACAGGCCAAUCUGUGAGGCGAGGGAGAUGGGAGCGUCCCUUGUGGCAUUCCCCCCCGCCCCCCCUUGAAACAAAACAACCUGCCAUUCUCACUCUGCUGAUGCUGCCCUGGGUCCAGACUCAAGUCAGAGAUAGAACCCGUGGCAGCGCCCUCCAUCUUGCCCCUCGAUCCCUUUUCCCUUUUCUCCUCUGGCUCCUCAAACAAGAGGGGCAGAAAUGAGGUCCUUCUGGACUGAAAGCCAAAAAAAGAAAGAAAAAAAUAAUUUUUCCUUUCUGUUCUUUUUUCUAAUUGAAAAAUGAGGAGGAAAGAAGUCCCUCCUUCCUCCUCCCAGCUCCCUCUCCUUCCCUGUACGCGCCCCGGCAGCCUGGGGCUAUUUAACAAUAGCAAUAGUUCUAGUGAAUGUGUGAAACCGAGAAACACUCUGUACUGUGUGUGGACCCGCAGUGACGGCCAGUAAAGUGGACUUAACUCCCAAGUGUGUCGAGCCGGACACCGGGCCCUGAACAUGCUGCUUCCAUGUUCAGUCCCUCCCUGCUUCUCACUUUCUUUCCAUUUUUCUUCACACCCCCCCUUUUUUCAGAUUUUCUCUCAUCCAAUAAUGUAAAACUAUCGUGUACGGGUUUCUCCAUGCUUCUUUUUUCUUUGUCCGAAUCAUUUUUCCCUUAAGGGAAAAAGUGUUCAGAGGUCCCUGUCUUUGUCUUUGUCCUCAUCUUUCAAUAGCUAUGCCCUGUAUAAUGUUCGAUACUCCUCAUGUGCUGAGUUUCUGGCCUUUUCUGAAACUCAGCAGCUGGGGACAGGGCAGGGAAGGCACCCAGGGCCUCCCGGCCUCCCUCCCCAUCUCUUACCCGAACUUCCCUCUUGGGAACUCCUCAGGGACAACUACUGCUGAGUUUGGGCACACCCCCAAGAUGGAGACCAGGUAGCAAUCGACUGGCCUCAGAGAGAGAGGCGUGUGUGUUAUGUGGCAUUGUGUUGUGUGUGGUGUGUGUGUGUGUGUGUGUGUGUGUGUGUGUGUGCAAGAGAGAGAGAGAAAGCCGUGAAUGGGUCCGUGUCUGAUGGCAUCCGUUCCAUUUCCCCCCGUAUCUGUUUUUAGCCCCACCUUUUCGGUUGUUCUGAACCACCACUUGUUGUCUUGGGAAGCCACAGGAACAGUUUUUUCUGGGUACAAGUCUUGUCUCCUCUCUCUCCCAGUCAUUUCUGUUCCAGCCUCUUCAAACUGUGCAAUCUUUCAGCAGGAACUCCCUCUCCUUUCGGUAGCUUUGAGCGCUGAGCUUUUGCAGGGAGAGGGCUAGAACUGGAUCUUCUCCUCAUCCCAUGAGCUUCUGUGGGUUUAGUUGUGCUUUCCUUCCCUUCCCUGCUUCAUCCCCCAGACCCCUUCCCUAGCAGCAGAGACUCCAGAGCACAAGAGAGGAGGGAGGAAGGGUUCUGGGUCCACCACUGCCCUACAUAUGACUGUCCAAAUUCAGCCCCAACAUGUGAGAGGAAAGCUGCUAACUCCCAGCUAUAGCCAUGGGCCCCAGGCCCCCUGCUUUCCUGUUCAGCAGAGCCCCUCCCAUCAGAGAUACGGGUACUUGCACUGGGGAGGUGGCUGCUGGCUGGCCCAAGCAGAGAGCUGAGGUGUCCACGCAACGUGCCAUUGGUGGGGGAGGGGGUGCCAGGCAAGACGCGCAUUCCCUUGUACUUCUGGCAGCACUGAAUAGCCACUGAAGGGGGUGGGGGCAGUGUAGGUCCUGGGGCAGCCCCUUUUUUAUUCCUUUAUGCCCCUUCCCCCCAUAGCCUAUUUCUAAAGUCGCCUUUUCUGUCAGAAAAACCUCAGAACUUUUAAUUUUAUUUGAAAUUUUUUUUUGCUUUUAAGAGGUGGAUUGAAGAAUAUUUGAAUUGACUUUAUAUUAUGCAUAAAUAUUUAUAUUUUAUCUAAAUAACUGCGCUGUAACAAACUUUGUGUUAGUCAAACGUUGGAACUGUUAGAGCUGGGGGCUCUGCUUUCUCCUCGUGACAGUUUUCCCCAGCAUACGACGUACUAAUUGGAUUGGAGUGAGUUGGACGGGGGAGCGAAGUCUCAGCUGUUCUGCUUCGUGUUCCUCUCCUAGCGCCAUCUCUCUCCUAUGGGACCAGGCACUCUGAAGGUGGGGUGGAGUCCUAGCCACGGGUUUGAAGAAGUGGGGGGGGGGGGCGUGAUCAAGGGCCAUUUCUCACUUUUCUUUCUUAAUCUACACUGCCCCUUGAGCUAGGUGGAUAUUUUCUUGAUAAAUAAAAGAGUAUUUGGUAGGGAAGGCAGGUUAAAAAAAAAACCCACCUCCCUGCCCCUUUGUCUCCCUCCCCCAUCAGUCUGGAAACAGGAAGAAACCACACCAUCCACACCAACAAGUUUCCAUGUUCCUUUUACGACAAAAGGGACUUGACUUUUUAUAUAACCAAAUGUGGUGUUUUAGUGACUUUUUGAUAAUGUACAGUUUUUUGUGAAUUUAAAUUUAUUUCUUUCUAUAUUUUUAGGACCAAUCUCAUUUUUAAUAAGGUUAAAAGAAAAGUAAAAAAAACUCUAGAUAAAAAACCUCCUGUUUUUGCCAUGUGAUGUUCCACAAGUGCAGCUGUAGAAAAAGUGCUUGUCAGUUGAAUAAAAACCACAUUUGAUAGAGA